AUGUUCUAUGCCGAACAUGAAAAUUAUACAAGAGGAAUUGAUAUCAAAAACACUAGUGAAUUCAGCAUCUGGGAUUUUUCGGGCUACAAACCAUACUACUUUCUCUACUACUUUUUCAUCGGUAAUACAAGCUGUGUUCACGCGGUGGUUUACAGUCUCAAAGAUCCCCCGGCAAUUCAACGCGAAAAAGUCCACUUCUGGCUCACAUUCAUCCACAGUCGUCUGCCAGCUCAGGAAGACGGUCUCCUGCAGUCUAGAGCAAAGGUGGUCUUAAUUGCAACGCAUGCUGAUGAAGUUGAAUGUUCGAGAGAUGGAGAAGGCUACCUCUAUCAUGGUGGGGCCGCAAGACUUCUUCAGGAUUUCCGACGGCAAUUCCAGUACAAAUUAGAUAUUCAAUCGGAACUGCAUGUACUGGAUGCCAAUUCUCCAAACACAUUGGAGAUGAAAGUGCUGAAACAUCAACUCCUCCGACUGAGGGACGUAGUCGUUCAAAUUUCCCAUCUUGUCCAAUUUCCCUGUUUGGUACCCAUUAGUGAGUUUGAAUACGGGUUCAGUGUUGCGUUUGGUCUUUUCAAAACAGAGUGGUUGGACCUAGAGCUUUCUGGUAAAGAUUUCGCUCCAAAUGGACUAUCAAUCGAUGUUAUGUGA